AUCUGGUUUUUGGUCAAAUUUACACAAAUUUUAUUAAGUAGAAACUGCUUUCGAGAAUUGGAAUGCCCAGUUAUCGAUAGUUAGCAAGGCAUUGUCCCCAUAGCAAUGCAAAUAUUCUAUCUGUUCGGCAAUUAUUAUUGCACGACACUUUGAAUCAUCCCUCGCCCGGCAUGUUAAUUGUUUUGAUUUGCACCAGCAAUUUUUGUGAACUUUUUAUCAAUUAAUUUCUGUUCUCAAGAUCACUGUAAACCACAUUAUUGGUGAGAUAGUGCUGGGAAAUGUAAAGAAAAGACGCACGUUUUGAUGUCGUAAUCAGCAGGCAUUUUUGAACUCGCCGGCCAGCAGAGCACAUGGCAAACCCCUAAAGGCGUCUCUAAAUUACUAGUGGUGGUUUCAUUCACAUCCAGCUGGUUUGUUAAGUUGUGCCACCGCUGGAACAACACGAAACAAUCGGCGAACGAUCACGAGCAAUCACAGUCGCAUCGUAUAGCCAAGCCAUUGCCGACCGCAAUCUAAUCUCAGAGCUACCUCAUUCAACCAUCGUCCCGUGUCCCAAACAGAACGGCAAGAUCAUCAGUCCAGCGUCCACCAGGAUCCCGAAAGCAUAUACACGCUGCCGUAUCAACAACGAGCAGACGCGAUAAGAGAACACACUACCCGCCGCCCUCCUCCCUAUCAAGUAUGUUGGCCUCGUUGUCUAAAGUCUGCUCCCGUUUGGCAAAACAGCAGCAGCAGCAGCGGUCGGGUCUGUCCAUUCCUAAGCGGUAUCUGAAUUUACUGGAAUAUCAAAGCAAAAAGCUGCUGGAAGAGAGUGGCGUAGCGAUACAGAACUUUCGCAUUCUCGAAGGCAAACAGGAUGCCGAUGUGCUAAAGGAUUUCAACGUAAACGAGUACGUCAUCAAGGCCCAGAUUCUGGCUGGAGGACGAGGAAAGGGACACUUCGAUAAUGGAUUCAAGGGUGGAGUACACAUUACCAAAGAUCGUUCGCAGGUCAUCCCGCUGGUGGAAAAGAUGGUGGGCCACCGGUUGAUCACGAAGCAAACGCCCAAGGAUGGCAUCCUGGUGAAGAAGGUCAUGGUAGCUGACAGCAUUAAUAUCGUGCGUGAAACGUACCUUUCGAUCGUGAUGGACCGGCAGCACAAUGGACCGGUACUGAUCGCUUCCCCAGCCGGUGGCGUGGACAUUGAAGCCGUCGCGGAAGAAACACCCGACAAAAUCAAAACCCUACCGAUCGAUAUUACGGCCGGUAUUACGCGCGAGCAAUCGCUCGAAGUGGCCCGCUUCCUCGAGUUCCGUGGACCGCUGCUUGAGCGGGCGGCCGAUCAAAUCGUCAAACUGUACCACCUGUUCACCAAGGUGGACGCCGUUCAGAUUGAAAUUAAUCCACUGGCCGAGACGGACGAUGGGCGCGUCAUUUCUGUCGACGCGAAGCUGAACUUCGACGAUAAUGCUCAGUUCCGGCAGAAGGAUAUCUUCGCGAUGGAGGUGCACGAGGACACGGAUCCGAAGGAGAUCGAAGCGUCAAAGUACAACCUGAACUACAUCGCCAUGGAGGGCAACAUUGGAUGUCUGGUGAAUGGGGCCGGUCUUGCCAUGGCCACGAUGGACAUUAUCAAGCUGAACGGUGGCAGUCCGGCCAAUUUUCUCGACGUGGGUGGUAACGUGAAGGAGGAUCAGGUGCUGAAGGCCUUUCAAAUUCUUACCUCGGACGAGAACGUCAAAGCGAUCCUGGUGAACGUGUUCGGUGGCAUCGUAAACUGUGCCACGAUUGCCAACGGGAUCGUCAGUGCAACGAAAUCGAUGAACCUGAAAGUACCGCUGAUUGUGCGCCUCGAGGGUACCAAUGUAACGGCGGCUAAGAAAAUCCUCGAACAAUCGGGCCUGAAGAUUCAAUCCGCCGUAGAUCUAGAUGAGGCGGCAAAGAAGGCCGUGGCUUCCAUAUAGGGAGCGAGGGAGCGCAGCAUUUCGAAACAAAUUUAGUCUUCCGGGAUCGGUGUUAGCCUUCGGAACAAACUGUAGAGCCGGUGCGAGUGAGCAGGCUUCGUUUAAGAAAAUCGGUUUAAGUUUUAAGGAAACAUCACUGGUGUGGCGGACAUUAAUAACCCGGAUGCACCGGAUGAAACCAA